ACUUUCAAAAGACCUAUUUUGACAUGUGUAACAUGAAAGCCCUGGGCAUAUUCCAGCAGGAGGUUUCUAGUGUGUCUGUUGCUGUGAAUGAUGUUUAAAGUCAAUGUCAAACAUCUUUUUCCUAACUGACUUUACUACUCACCGUCACAGCCACCCCAAUCAUCACCCGCACCUGACUCUCAUCAAGCACGAUCCCAAUCACCGGAGUACUGAUCACCUGCACCUGCACCCAGUAAUCACUCACCAUGAUAAAGACACUUCGAACUCAGUACUCCAGUGUCUGGUCUAUCAUUCACUACACAUUGAACUGGUGCCCGACCUCUUUCUACUAACCUGUCUUUGCGAUGUCCUCAGAUAUCCUCACAACAAUCUCCUGUGAACUACAUAAGCUGACUCUCCAUCUGAUUAUCUCCAGAGCUCUGGAAGUUAACCUCUCAACAACCCAACAACACCUUGUCACUGAAACACUUGUAAAUAAACUGUUCACUUGCACUAAACCCUCCGUGUCCAUAGUGGUUUGUGACAAGACCAGACCAACAAAAUUCUACCAUAUGGAUCCCCAGUCACCCGCACCUGUUGAUCUGUUGCAGGAACUGGGCAAUCUCCUCCGUUCAGCACUCACCGUUUCAUCCACUCCACGAUCUGUCUCCGCCAGUCCCAUGGCGCUGCCUGCGUCAUAUGUGGGGGAAUCAGCUUGAUGUGGCGGUUUCAUUCUCCAGGUAUCGCUGUACAUUGAGGCGCAACGGCAGAAAUUCUCCACCGGUCAUUCCAAGGUAGCCUUCUUAAUUUCUCUACUAUCUGGGCGCACCCUGCAAUGGGCAAAGGCCAUAUGGGAUGCGAACAGUGCCAUAAGUAACUCUUUUGAAGCUUUAUUGCCCACUUUAAGGAAGUGUUCAGCUCAUCAGCGGAAGAAAUCUCCACGGUGGAUCAACUACUGUGGUUGGGUCAAGGAAAAACAACGACCAGUGAAUACACCAAUCUGUUUUGAACAUUGGCGGCAGCUAGCGGUUGGAACGAAGCAGCGCUUAUAAGCACCUAUCAUCAAGGUCUUAAUCCACGGAUCCGUGCACAAAUGGCGAUCUACGAAGAUUCCAUCGGAUUGGAGAACUUUAUGCUGAAGGCCAAUCAUAUUUCACAGCACCUAGCCGCCUGCCCAAUCGUCGAAACCGCCCACCAGUCUGGUUCUCCCGCUAACAGCCCCCCAGUACCAGAACCCAUGCAAGUGGAAUCCACACGUCUAUCAACUGAAGAACGCAAACGCCGGUUCACAGCAGGACUCUGCCUUUACUGUGCCUCGCCAGAUCAUGUCAUCUGUGCUUGACCAAUAAAACCCCCACAUCCUUUGCCCUGCUGGACUCGGGCUUCUCGGGCAACUUCAUCUCACAACGCCUCUUAAGCCGUCUCCAGUUGCCACUCUGUCGGAGUCUGUUCUGCCAUCAACAUUGCAUCACCGAUCUUCCUUGUCCAGUUCUCUGUUCUCCAGGGUGUCAAGUGGCUUCCACCCUGGUCAAGAGCCCUGAGCCUGAUGUUGCUCCAAUGAUCCCACCUGAUUAUGUGGCAUUCCAGGAUGUGUUCAGCAAACAGGCAGCCACCCACUUACCACCUCACAGGAACCUGGCUGAACAUCGCCACCACAUGACGCUGGUCCUCCAGAAGCUCAGACAACACCAUCUCUUCCUGAAGCUGGAGAAAAGUGAGUUCCAUUACUCCAUGGUACAGUUCCUCGGGUACAACAUCAGCCCUGAAGGUAUCCAGAUGGACCAGGGGAAGGUAUCCGCCAUUAAGGAAUGGCCCAUUCCACAAUCUGUGAAGGAACUCCAGAGGUUCUUAGGAUUUGCUAACUUCUAUCGAUGCUUUAUCCAAGACUUCAGUCUUCAUACUGCACCAUUAACCUCUCUCCUUAGAGGUAAGCCCAAGUCCCUGUCCUGGACUUCCACCGCCCAUGAAGCAUUCGAAGAUCUGAAGAACGCCUUUAGCACGGCUCCCAUCCCUCGUCACCCGGAUCCUGAGUCACCGUUUGUGGUAGAAGUGGACGCCUCCACCACUGGCAUACUGCCAAGACGAUCAGCACAACUGGAACCGUUUCCUUCCCUGGGCCGAGUAUGCACAGAACUCCCUCCAACAAGGUACCACUGGCCUCACACUCUUCCAGUGCAUGCUCUGUUACCAACACCCUCCCCACUAAAUUACACCAGAACCAUCGGACGUUCCAGCUGUGGACUACUGGUUCCGAGAGAGUGUGGGACUCAGCCCACAUCCACCUCCAGUGCGCCAUAUGGAGACACAAGGCCUUUGCUGAUGUUCGACGGGCCGCCACUCCAGUUUACCAAUGCCCCGGAACCUCAGGAACCCCCUCCUCCGGAAAUCCUAGAACAACCAUCCAUCUACCAGGUGAAGGAAAUCCUGAACUUGCGGCGACGGGGUGCCCGGCUGGAAUACCUGGUGGACUGGGAGGGGUACAGACCAGAGGGACAUUCCUGGGUGGCCAGGGACGACAUUCUAGACCCCAUGCUACUUGAAGAGUUCCAUCGACAACCUCCUGAUCGUCCUGCACCCAGAGGCCGUGGUCGCCCUCGUCGUCGCGUUUAG